CCCGCACAGCGAGGCAGCCCGGAUACCGGUGCGCAGCGGGGGGCUGCGGAACUCCGCCAAACCUCCUCGGACCCCGGACGGGCGCCCUGGGCCCCCCCCAAGGAACGCUUGCAAUCCGGAGCGCGCGGACUGUCCUUGAGCCGGCCGAGCGCGGGAGCAAGAGGAGGCGCAGGAGCGACCCCGAGGGACUGGUCCGAGCUCCGGCAACCGGCCAGCCCCGCGCCACCAAGGGAGCGCCUCUGCCUCCUGGCACCCCACCUCGCUCCCCAAUGUCCUCGGCCAUCGAGAGGAAGAGCUUGGAUCCGUCAGAGGAGCCAGUGGACGAGGUGCUGCAGAUCCCCCCAUCCCUGCUGACAUGCGGCGGCUGCCAGCAGAACAUUGGGGAUCGCUACUUCCUGAAGGCCAUCGACCAGUACUGGCACGAGGACUGCCUCAGCUGUGACCUCUGUGGGUGCCGCCUGGGGGAGGUAGGCCGGAGGCUCUACUACAAGCUGGGCCGGAAGCUCUGCCGGAGAGACUAUCUCAGGCUCUUUGGCCAAGACGGUCUCUGCGCAUCCUGUGACAAACGGAUUCGUGCCUACGAGAUGACCAUGCGGGUGAAAGACAAAGUGUAUCACCUGGAAUGCUUCAAAUGUGCUGCCUGUCAGAAGCAUUUCUGUGUGGGCGACCGAUAUCUCCUCAUCAAUUCCGACAUUGUGUGCGAACAGGACAUCUACGAGUGGACUAAAAUCAAUGGGAUGAUCUAGGCCCGAAUGGCUGGGCAGCUUUGGGGAGGUGUUACACAGAAGUUGCUGUCUCCGUGAGCAUCUUCCCUCUUAGGCACUUUGGGGAUUUUGAGGGGGUGGGGGGAUGACGUGAGGCAUUUCUUAGGGAAUGGCAGACCCUAACUGGGCACCAAGACAGCAUCUAAGAUAUAAUGCAAAAGACAAGUCUGAAAUAUAAUGAGAAGAUAGAGGAUCAGCCUUUUGGAAGAAUGUCUGGACAAGGGCCACAGCCAGUCUGACAUGGUUAGUGAAGGAUGGAACAUUUGGGGGGUACCAGGUACAUUACCCUCUGAUGGGUCCUCACCUCUACAGAUAGGGAGUUGUGCUGCAAAGACAUUGACCCUUGGGAAGUAGAGACACCCCAUUGAUUUCUGUUUUUAUAGGCCUCUGUAGUGGUUCUGUCCCAGUCACUGUCUUCUGCCCAAGGGAAGGACAGGGAGGAGAGUGGCCAUCUUGCUUCCCUUGGGUCACCUUCCCAGAACCCAAAGCUUUACACCUUGAUGGACAUGAGACCUAUUUCCAUCAAGAAAGGAACCAGUAACUUUUUGCUCCUUCUUUAUAGCCGAGGCAUUCAUUGUUUUUUUAGACACUUUAGCAUUUGAGGCCAGGCGUUCCACAGAUUGUUUCUAUACAAAUGUAAAUCUAAAACAAAAAAAAAAAAAAAGAAAGAAAGAAAGAAUCGCUCAACUAUUUUAUUAUCUUAGAUUAUAUCAAACUAUUUGUCGUGUGUAGUAAAUACAAACAAGGAAAGCUCCACGGACAAUAAAAGGUGGCAGACUAGAGCACAGAGUUGUUUUUUGAAUAAUGACUGACAAUUUGGGAUGGCAGAAAAUGGCUUUUCAGAUGUCCACAGAAAAGUAAAUAAGCAAUUUACUUUUAGGUCAGCUAAAAACUCGGUGUUAUCGCUGGGCAGACAAGUCUCUAGAUUAUUGGCAAUUAUGUAAGAGCUCAUCCUGUAGCUCAGAGGACUGUAGAAUAAUUCAAUUGUUAUUGUAAAACA